GGGCCCCAAAGUCUCCGGAGAGCAACAAUCUGAAAAGCCCCCACCUCUUUAUUUUCGACAAUAUUCAACGGGUAUAAAAGAUUCGAAGCCAAAAGCCAUAGCAUCACACUUCCAGUGACCGACUACCCACAACCAACCACAAAAAUGGCAUUCAAGUUCGUCGUUCUCGCCUGCGUUUUGGCCGUGGCCAACGCUGGAUAUUUGGACGCAUCUUACGGAGCUCCGGUCGCGUCUUACGCUGUUCCGCACCAGGCUCAUUACGCACCCGCAAGCGUAGCGGUAGCUUCUCACGCAAUCACCUCUCAAUCCGACAACAUUUUGAGAAGCCCAGGAAACUUGGCUCAGAUCUCGACCCAACAAAAAACGAUCUCCACCCCAUACUCCAGCUCAAGCAAAUCCGACGUCCGCGUCAGCAACCCAGGAGUAUACGCCACCGCUGCCUACGCCGCUCCUCUUCAAUACGCACAUGCCGCUCCCGUACACUACGCUCAACACGCUGCCCCUCUUCAAUACGCACACGCCGCCCCCGCACACGCAACUUACGCCGCCCCAGCUCAUGGUGCCGGUCUUCUAGGCGUCGCUUACUCCCCAGCUGUAGCUGUUUCCCACAUGACCUACAGCAGCCCCGUCGGCAUCUCUUACGCCUGGUAAACAGCAUAAUAUAAAUAUAUAGAUCGUUCUAUUAAUUUAUAUGAUGAUGAUUUUGUAAACCGGUACGAUUUAUUUAUUAUUAUUAUUAUUAAUAAAUUAUUUCUUCAGUAA